UGUUGCCACCCCUCAAAAAUUCCUGCCCACUUCUCGCCACCCCAUCAAUAUUUUUCUAGAUCCGCCCCUGCGAUGUUCUUCCAGUUCUUUUGACUCCAGUUGAUUGGGAGAACCUUUCCUUGUCCAAAUACCCACCAGUCCUCCAUUAACUAUAGACCACAGUUUGAAAAAGCUAGGCAACACUGGCCUACAUCAUUUCACGAGGACAAACACGUGAUGUCGGCUCUGAGAGGCCACUUAUUCACUGCCGAUCAGAAAGCUAAAAUGCAAGAGUACAUGACAGCAGCUGUAGAGGCUGCAGGAUCAGGUGAGGAGAUGGGAAUGGAUGCCGUUGGCGCUGUGAUUGUGGACCCAGAAUCUGAGCAGAUUGUUGUGGUGGGUCAUGACUUUAAGCGAGGCUCUCAUCCGCUUCAUCAUGCUGUCAUGGUCUGUAUUGAUCUUGUGGCCUGUGGGCAAGGAGAAGGUGCCUACAAUUAUGAGAAAUAUCUAGCCUGUCGGUUUAGCAGUCCUUUAGGAAUGCCUGCUAUGCCAAAGAAACCAGACAGCCUUAUAUCUGCAUCGGAUAUGACCUUUCCAUCACCCAAGAGCCGUGUGUGAUGUGUGCAAUGGCUUUGGUCCAUUCAAGAAUCAACAGUGUUUUAUGGAGCGCCCUCUGCAGAUGGUGCCUUGGGAACCCGAGUAUUAAAUUAAUUGGGAAAAAGAUUUAAAUCAUCACUUUGAAGUGUUUAACGGGGUGAUGAGAAAUGCAUGUGAGGCUUUAUUCAA